AUGCCCUCCAACACCAAAAAUCUUGCUCUAGUCUUCAACAAAGUCCCCGACCGUCUCCCGGUACCUGGUGAACACAUUGCGGUUGAAGAUGUCGGCCCUUUUGACCUGGACCAGAAUCUGCCUCCCAAUGCGCUCGUUCUGGAGACGCUCUAUGUGAGCUUCGACCCGUACCUGCGCGGCUUGUUGCGUGAUCCCUCGGUUAAAUCAUACCUGCCCGCCAUUCCCUUUGGUACGGCCAUAACCGCGGGAAAUUUGUCACGGGUUCUUCGCUCCAGUCUCGAGGGCUUUGCCGAGGGAGACGUGGUGAGGUUGUUGCUCCCAAUCCAGCAAUACAAUCUGUAUGUGGUCGGGCCACAAUCCGAGCAACCGUUCAAGGUGCCCAAUCCGGACGAUCCCGGUCUCGACCUCAGGCAUUAUCUGGGGGCUCUGGGCAUGCCGGGGCUCACGGCCUACGCAUCGCUGUACGAAAUUGGUAAGCCCAAACCUGGAGAGAUCAUUGUGGUGUCCUCCGCCGCGGGAGCCGUGGGUCAAUUGGUUGGUCAGCUGGCCAAGCACGAUGGCUUGACCGUCUUUGGAUCUGUGGGCAGCGACGACAAGUUAGACUUCAUCAUCAACGAGCUGGGAUUUGAUGGGGGUUGGAACUACAAGAAAGAGCCCAGCACCAAGGACGUGAUCCAGCGCUUGGUCCGAGAACACAAGGCGAAGAAGGGAGAGACGCUGCCAGAAUUCCCGGACAAUGGCGAAGGUGGCAUUGACAUCUUCUAUGACAAUGUCGGCGGCGAGCAGUUGUCCGGAGCAAUUGACACAUUGAACUUUUUCGGCCGGAUCGUAGCAUGUGGCCAGAUCUCACAGUACAAUCUGCCGCCCGAGGAACGCUACCCGAUCCGCAAUAUGUUCCAGUGCGUGAUCAAACGGCUGACCCUGACGGGCUUCAUGGUCUUCGACGCCAACAUGGGCCCCAAGUACGACAAGGAGCACCUCGAGAACGUGACGAAGUGGUUGAAAGACGGGACCUUCAAGGCAAAGAUCCACGAGGACGUGGGCAUCGAAAACGCCCCCGAGGCCUUUGUCGGCAUCUUGAAGGGCCAGAAUUUCGGAAAGGCAAUCUUGAAGGUCAAGGUCUAG